AUGAGCGCGCCACCGCCCGGAGGCCCGUCUGGCAGCGCGCCUGGCCACCCGAACGGCGCCCCGAAAGCCCAGAAGGCGAAUCCUCUCCGACCGAUGCGGAAGAAGCCACGCGCGAAUCCCCUUGUUUCGCGAAAGGCAGGACCCAAACCUGGGGCGCAACCGAAUGCUGGCUCACAGAAUGGAAUGAAGCCAAGUACUGAAGAGCGGCGGAAGCUCUAUGAUGGAUGGUCGGAGCCACCACCUGCCCAGUUUACCGACAUCGCCAUCAUGACGACCAAGAAAGCUCUUCUCGACGGCAUUCGCUACCACAUGAUGAAGUUCUCCCAAGCAAAGAUGGGUGACAAGCCCAUCGACCCAUCCGACCAGGACGACUUCGCACGACCCGUCACGCUGCACCGACGAGACGCCCGUCAACCUCCUCCAGGAAGAGCACCCAAGAUAGAAGCUCCCGAAGUGCCACAGGUGGACGAGCAGGAGGCGGAGAGAUUGGCCCAGAUGAAGGCCGAACGAGAGGCCCAACGCGCCGUCGACCAGGCUAAGAUUGCGCCUGUCGCCAAAGAGGUCAACCCUAAGCGACCCAAGAAGCAAAAAGAGGAGAAGACAAACUUUAACAGGGCCCCGAAAACACAAGCUGCCAAGAAGGAAUCCGAGCUGCGAUAUGAAGAGGCCCUUCCAUGGCAUCUUGAAGAUGCAGAGGGGAAGAAUGUCUGGGUCGGUAGCUACGUCGCUGCCCUUUCCGAGUCAAACGUGGCUUUCAUGAUCGACCAGUCAGUCUUCCGCAUGGUACCUCUUGAGAAGUGGUACAGGUUCACUUCAAAGCCCCCUUUCCAACCAUUCACAAUCGAUGAGGCCGAGGCAUUGAUGGGCAAGAAGGUGGACGUUGGUCGUUGGGUCAUGAAAGACGAGGAGAAGAGGGCAGGCCGGCAGGAUCUUGAGGCUACUCGACAACUUCUCUACGGACGGGGCCCGAUGGUCAAGACAGAGAGCGCUACUUUCAAGGCAGCCUCCAGGUCGGAAAAGCUUGAACAUGACGAGAUCGACAUGUCAGGCGAUGAGUUCCAAGACGAUGACGAGGCCCCUCUCUUUGAAAAGAACGAUGAUGAAGAUACCAAGGACUCGAAGGAUCGCAUUCGACGCGAGCAACUCGGCGCUAAUCUCUUUGGUGACGGUGACGAACAGGAAGUCGACAGAGAGCUGGCUGAGGAGUUGAAGGAGGAGAUUGAGCGACAAAAGCUUGGCAAGGCGACCAGAAAGGCGCUUAUCAAGCGAGACCGAGAGGACAUAUAUGAGAGUGAUAACUCUGAGGACAACCCCUGGAGCAGCUCGUCUGAUGAUUCCGACUCCGAUGAAGAGGAGGAAGGGGAAGAGGAUAAGAAGGAUGAAGAUAAAAAGGAGGAUGACGAUAAGAAGGCUGGCGAAAAGUCAAAGGGGUCUGGCACAAAGGGUACCAAUACUCCAUCCGGAAAGAAGCCUGAGGGUUCGAAGAAGGGCAAAUCCCGUAAACGCCCCGGUUCGCCAACCCUCUCCGAGUCCAGUGGGAACGAAUCCUCUCGGAAGAAGCUCAAGAAGACUGCCACGCCUGCUGCGGGAAGCAGGGCUGGCACUCCUCUGCCCCAGCGUACAGCUGCUCAGCGAAUGGGCGCCGGAUCCGGUAGCGACGGAGAAGCGACGGGUGGUGAGAUGUCGGAUGGCGCUGUUUCCAGGAAGAAGAAGUUGAAGCUUGUCAGCGGUAGUGCUCGAGGCACGCCGUCGGCAUCUAGGGCUGGUAGCCCCAUCCCGACACAAGGUGGCGCCUCUCCCUCCGCUGGAGGCUCUAUCAUCGAGCCAUCCGAAAUUCUGGAAAAGAUCCCCAACGAAGGCAUCGUUAUCGGUGAUCUGAUCAAGUUGUUCCAGCAUCGUCUUGGUGAUAGGCCUGGCCAGAUGCCCAAGAGCGAAUGGAUCCAGCUUGUCAAGAAGCUGUGCGAUUAUGGUCCGGACAAGCGACUCCGCCGCAGGACUUAG